CUUUCACCUCGAACGCCUCGAUUUCCCUCGACCCCGUAACUCCUGGGAAGGAAGCGAACCAGGGGAGAUCUGAGAAGGCGAGCCCCCGAAUUCGCCCUCCUCUGGUUGCGCUCCAUUCGAUCGAACCAUCGUCUCGUUCCUCGAUCUCGUCUGAUAAAAUGGCGGAAAAAAAAUCCCUUUUGAAUCCUGAUGCUGCUCCCUAUGUUCCUGUCUGGAAACUCUUAUAUGGAACAGGAGACAAGGUCACAGAACCGGCAGUUGGUCUGCCUGGAAAGGAUAAGGCUGUUGAGAACUCUAUAGAACAUCAGGUACCAGACACCUUGGACUAUGACAUUAAGAGCUUUGGAAAACUCGAUCUUUCUGGUGCAUCAUCCUCAAAAACAGAUCAGCUUGACAAUCUUGAUGAGAUUUUGCAAGAUGAAAUUAGUGAAUGGGAUGCAAAAGUUGAUCAUCUUUCAUCAAUUUUUCCUGAUAUUUCUGUGGAAUAUCUUGCUGAAUUGCUUAUUGUAAAUGGUGGUGAUCUCGAGGAGACAGUUUUUGUUCUCCAGCAAUUUGAGAGUGCUGGUGAUGGAUCUGAGGACCCCGUUCAAGCUGCUGUGGCCAACGAUGUUUCUGGUAUUGUUUCUGAGGAAGCCAGUUCUAGCGGGACAAAAGAUUGAAUUUGAUCUCAAGUAGGGGUUUCGUCUGCACAAUUGGGUUACUGCUGAACUUGCAUCCUCCUAUAUAGGAUAUAUCACACUGUUGAAGUAUAAAAAAAAUUUAGAUCUUUUAGCACAUUGAUGGUUUGCAUUAUAUGCAUGUUCUUGUUCUGGAACUUACUACUGCAAAUGUAAGUGGUUGUACAGUUCUUUUCUGUGUUCUGUAUGGAAUCAAGAUAUCUUGUUGCUCCAGCAAAUUUACACUAAAGUGAAGGCCGAGGUUCUAUUGAGAGUUAAUGGAGUUCAUGUCCUUUCUUUCUCAAUUUAAGGGUUUCAUGGCUGCCCUCAUAUCUUUGUAAACUUUGGUAAACAAUCAUUUGUUAAUGGAUGCACAUUUUGUGUUGGUUUCUUUUUACA